AUGAAUAAGAGUUAUGAUGACAUAGAAGGCACCCUUCCCAGAAUCGGAGAAAAGUGUACCUUGGAGUAAUUCCAGGAUCUAGAGUAAGCUUAAGAAAUCUGCAGCAAAUUAGAAAGUAAAAUACAAAAAGACAUCUUGAUUGAUGAAAUGAAGUAGAAUCCAUAAGCAUUCUUCAAUUUCAAUUUUACUGCUGAUGAUUAUUACCUCUUUCUUGUCAAAUAUAGUAUGAUGAGAGCUGAAAGACAAGUGAUCGAAUAAGAAUUUACAAAAUAUUUAAAAGAAAAGAAAAUAUUUUUGGAAUGA